GACUGACGCUCGCGCUGAAAACGAAAGCGCAGACUGCACAUGGUUCCGUUGGAGACGAGUGCGCAGCGGCGAAGCGACAGGUGAACGACCAAAUUCGAACCCUGCUGCUUAAUUAACAGCAUUUAAUUGAUCCCAUCGUGUAGUUUUGAUAGUAAAAAGCGUCGUGUUUCGUCGUAGCAUGAGCCAGUGGAAGCGGAUACAGCAGCUGGAGAUACGCCACUUGGAGCAUGUGGAUUAUUUAUAUGAUGACAACUUUCCCAUGGACAUCAGACAGGGACUGGCCUCCUGGAUCGAGGCUCAAGACUGGGAGCUUGCCUCUAACGAUGAGUCCGUUGCCAUGGUGAUGUUCAGUAACCUUUUGACCCAAAUGGAGAAGGUCCGAUCCCAGGAACAAAACUUUCUCCAGAGACACAACCUGAAGAUAAUACACCAACAGCUACAGGUGAAAUAUUCAUCUAACCCCGCCCUCAUGGCCCGUGUCAUCUGCAGCUGUCUGAAGGAGGAGCGGAGGAUCCUGGAGAGCGCCUGCAUGCAAGAACAGGGUCCACUGGAAAAAUCACUGCAGAAUUCUGUGGCGUUGGAGAGACAGAAAAACAUAGACAACCGGGUGGGGCUGAUCCGGGGCAGUGUGCAGCUCAUGGACCAAGCGGUGAAGUUUAUCGAGGACAUGCAGGACGACUUUGACUUCCGUUACAAGACUCUUCAGUCUCGAGAUCAGGCGGAGAGGAACUCUGAACAUAUGAAGCAGGAAGUAACACGACUGCAGGAAAUGCUAAACCGACUCGACUUCAAGAGGAAGGAGGUCCUGUCUAAGAUGGACAUCGUGGUGAAGGAGAUCGAUGAUGUGAUGAACUCUCAGCUGUACCCGGAGCUUCAGGACUGGAAGCGCAGGCAGCAGAUCACCGCCAUCGGAGGACCUCAGCUCACUGGCCUCGAACAACUACAGAACUGGUUCACGCUGACAGUGCAGAGCCUGUUCCAGAUCAAACGGCAGCUGGAUAAACUCGGGGAACUGGUUUUAAAAGUGACGUACGAGAGCGACCCCAUCCCGCUGCAAAAACCCCAAAUGGAGGACAAACUCAAGUACCUCAUUUACCACCUCAUCAAAAGUUCGUUCGUGGUGGAGAAGCAGCCGUGUAUGCCCACACAUCCACAGAAACCUCUCAUCAUCAAGACAGGAGUCCAGUUCACCACCAAAGUCAGGUUGCUGGUUAAACUCCCUGAGGUGGAUUAUCAGCUCAAAGUUAAAACAACAUUUGACAAGGAUCUUCCACCUGGUAGAGUUCGUCAGUUUUUUAUUCUUACAAACAACACUAAAGUCAUGGACAUUGAAGACUACUCCAACGGCUGCCUCUCAGUGGAGUUCAGACACCUGCAACUAAAGGAAAAGAAAUACAUCAAUGGGACAAAGGGAAAUGAGGGUCUGUUGUCUGUGACUGAGGAGCUUCACUCUCUCAGUUUUGAGGCUUGUUUCACUGUGCAGGGCCUCACCAUCGACCUGGAGAUCUGUUCACUGCCGCUGGUCGUCAUCUCUAACGUGAGCCAGUUGCCCGGAGGCUGGGCUUCUGUCAUGUGGUACAAUCUUCUGACCGAUGAGCCAAAGAAUCUGACUUUCUUCACUAACCCUCCUCGGGCGAACUGGACUCAGCUGUCGGAGGUUCUGAGUUGGCAGUUUUCAGCUCAAGCCGGACGAGGUUUGGACAAAGAGCAGCUCACGAUGCUCGGCGAGAAGCUGCUGGGUCAUCACGUCUCCUGCAGUGACUAUCAGGUGUCCUGGUCCAGGUUCUCAAAGGAGAACAUUCCAGGGAAGUCGUUUAGUUUCUGGAUGUGGCUGGACUCGAUUCUGGAGUUGAUCAAGAAACAUUUACUGCCAGUUUGGAGCGAAAAUUAUAUAAUGGGAUUUGUGAGUAAAGAGACAGAGCGCAUUCUCCUGAAGGACAAAGAGCCCGGGACGUUCCUCCUGCGUUUCAGUGAGAGUCACCUCGGAGGGAUCACCUUCACCUGGGUCGACCGCGAGGACAACGGAGAGGUCAAAUUCAACUCUGUGGAGCCUUACACCAAAAACAGACUGAGCGCUUUGCCUUUUGCCGACAUCAUUCGCGAUUAUAAAGUCAUUUCUGAAGGAGUGGUCAAAGAAAACCCUCUCAAGUUCCUCUAUCCAAACAUCCCCAAAGACGAAGCGUUCGGACGACUCUACAACAGCCCGCCGAGCAAAGCUUAUCCAUACAUCCCGUCCACACUCAUCCCCAUAUCUGAAAUGCGAAGCAGCAGCAGCAGCUCCAGUGUGAUCAGCACCCCGCCCCCCUCUCAGUCCCCUGAACCCCCCAUGACCCCGGGAGAGUUCAACAUGCUCAACGAACACUUGUGCUUCGACAUCGACUCGAUGACCUCCCCAUAUUCUGAGUGAAAACUGAUGUCUUAUUUCUGGAUGAACUUUCGUCUCUUAAAAUGAAAAUGCUGUGAAGUGAGCGCAGCCUGGGUGGACGUUCAGCCACAAGAGUAACGACGUGUUAUAUUUACAGUCUUUGGAUUUCUGUGUGAUGCUAAUGUGUUUUGGGGUUAUUGUUUUUACUCGUUUCUUCUAUUUUUACUCUGAGUUUGUGUUUUUUUGUAUUGUUUUGCGUUUUCACUGUUUCAUUUUAUUUUUAUAUUGCUCGGCCCUGGUCAUGAUCUGAUGUAUUUAUUUUCACCUGAUG